AUUUUUAUCUAUGAUAUGGACGACAUAAAUAGCUGGAACGGACUAGUUAAUUCAUCAAAACACACUUGGAUUUAGUGUAGUGCAGAUCUAAGGUGCAGCAGCGUAGCUACGAAUAUAUCCAGAUGGCUCUACAUCUAACGAUUUCCUCUCUUGGUCUCCUGAUCCUUAUCGGAUUCUGCAGCGCAGAUGGAGGCGGCGGACAUAAAAAAGUCAUCAUCCACGUUCCAUACAAAGUGAAGCAUAUCCAUCACACCCACACCAUAAUCAAACAUGUAAAGGAGCAGAAGAAAGUGAUCGGACAUUCUCCACCCAUAGACGAACACCCCAUUUACCACCACGAUCACCAUGAACACUUAGAACCUAUCAAAGGAGAAUUCAUCGGCAAAGGCCACGAAUCGUACCAUGGGGGACACAGCAUCGAAAGUUAUGGAGGAGGGUAUGGUGGAGGUGAUCACGGCUUCAGCAUUGAAGGUGGAGACCACGGAAGUUCGAGCGGAGGAUAUCAGAGCUUAGACAGCUACGGAGGAGGUCAUGAUAGCCACAGUUCCCACGUAAGCUAUGGAGGUGGCUCAGAUAGCUACGGAGGACACCAGAGCUUCGAAGGAUACGGAGGUGGUGGAUUCAAAGAGUCCUCUGGUUCUUAUGGAGGAGGUCACGAGGGAUUGUCUGACCACCAGAGUUUAGAAGGCUACAGUGGCGGUGACAGUUAUGGACCACCUGCCAGUGGUAGCAGCUAUGAAAGCCAUUCCAGUGAUGGAUUAGGCUAUGGCGGCGGCGGUGGUGACGAAGGUCAUCCAGGCUACGACUAAUGAACGCACGUUCUGAACUUGUAAAUAAUUUCGCUGUACCUUCAAGAAUCUCACUAGUCCUAUUUUAUUUUAUAUGUAGAUUUAAGAUUAUUCUUGUUAACUCUUGAUAUUUUAUCAGUAAAGUUGUUGAUUGUUA